GGGAAUAUGCUUGACUUGUCUGAAUUACAUAGGAUUAUGCUUGCCUCCCCUGAGUUACAUGGAAUGUGAACUUAGAAUUGAUCCUUCAGAUGGAUGGGAAAAAUCUGUAAUUACAAUUUUGGAAAGCUUUGAAGAAUUGAGUUACAUUAUCAAUCCAUCAGUUGGAAUAAUUUACCUGAAAGGUAAAGCUGAUCCAUUGGAAAUUUUAUCAACCCUAAAUAAGGGUGGCAAACAUGCUACAAUUGGAUGGAUUAAUCAAGGUUUUACUAGAAAUGGAGAAAAUCAAAUUCAAGAUCAAGAAAAUGGCUAUAACAUUGAUUAUUUGAUUUCUCAAAAUCCAAAUUUUCAAUUGAACCCUAAUUGGUAUUAUCCACCAAACCCUAUUUGGUGCAACAAUAUGCCACAAAAUAUGAUUCCAUAUGGUAAUCAUAAUAUCGUUGAAGAUGGAGGUUUAUGAGGU